AUGGGUGAAACAAUCCAUCUGGACCAGCCUGAGCUGGAGAAACUUCUCCAAACCAGUGAUAUCGGCUCAAAAAUAGACGUUUUGGAGAGACACACAAGUCUCUCGAUCCGCAAGUCGCCAGCUGCCAACUCCGUGCAAUCCAAGCAACAGACUCUCCAGCUUGAUAGAAAGUUCGAAUUUGGCAACGCAAACCCCUUCCACAGUGGCAUCAACGCCCCGACUCGAUUCGAUGCUGAAGUCGGUUCCUGUCUUGUCCGAGGUGACGUCCCCCUGGAGUUAGACGGCACUUUCUAUCGAGUCGCAUGCGACCCUAUCUUCGCCAACCGCAAUGGCAAAGACAUUUGGAUCAACGGAGACGGUGCUAUACAUGCUUGGCGGUUCUCCAAUGGCGUCGUCGACUUUAAGCAGAAGUAUGUGCGCACUCCGCGAUUUGUCUAUGAGCGUGCAGCUCGUGAGCCGCUUUUUGGAACCUACAGGAACCCUUAUGCUGGUGAUGAGAGGGUCUUUGACGAUAUACAAGGCCCCGGUAACACUCAUGUGCAUAGCUGGCAUGGCUGGCUCUUGGUCUGCAAGGAGGAUAGUCCACCAAUCGCCGUGGACCCAGACACUUUGGAUACCAUAGGUAUCUACGACUUUGAAGGGCAGCUUAACCCUGCAGAGACUUUCACUGCACAUCCAAAGGUUGAUGCGGUUUCUGGAGACACCAUGUGUUAUUCCAUGGAAGCAUCAGGAAUGGGAUCCAACGAUCUCGCCUAUUAUCGAUUUGAUAAGCACGGGAAAAAGGUGGACGAGUGUUGGGUUAAAACACCUGAUGUCACUUGGACCCAUGAUAUGGUCGCGACAGAGAACUGGGUCAUUUUCCACAUGAGCAAUUACCAGUUCGACCUCGACUACAUGAAGAAAGAAAAUGGCACCCACUUUCGCAUGAACCGUUUCUUGCCUAACAGAUUCGGUGUUCUUCCCCGACGGAAUCCCAACCCCGAGGAUGUUCGCUGGUUCGACAGCCUCAAGAACCACACGUGGGGUCAUUUCUCAAACGGGUUCGAAGGUCAGGAUGGCUGCAUCUAUCUCGAUGCCUUCAUCGCAGAUACCGACACACUCGGAGUCUUUCCCAAUAUGCACCCUGAGCUGGAUAUCGGCAACCCGGAGAAAAGACUCAACGGAAAGCUUGCCCGGUUCAAGAUCGACCCCAAGGCAGGCUCCAAUGAACUGGAGCUCCCGGUAGUACUCAGUGAGGUAGCGGGUGAAAUGGGACGCUGCGAUGAUCGUUUCAUCACGAGGCCCUAUAAUAACGCCUUCGGAGCUAGACACUCGCCCAGGGGUUUCGAUGCAGUAAUUCACGUGGACAUCGCAGCUGGCGUUACUAAUAUCUGGGAGCCAGGUGAGGGUAUUGCAGUUGGCGAACCCUGUUUUGUCCCUCGACAGAAAGAUUCCCCUGAGGGCGACGGGUACCUGCUCGUGUGCACACGAGACGCAGCCAAGCGGCAAGCUCAGCUAUCGAUCCUUGAUGCUAAGAAUAUCAUUGCUGGUCCUGUAUGCAUCGUAGAACUUCCUUUCCAACUUUGUGAGGGUGUACAUGGCAACUGGGUGGAGACGCAGAACUUGAUAUCUCGCAAGCCGCUCAUCGACUAUUCCGGUGUCACCAAGGCGAUUCAACAGAAGUUCGGCACUGGGGCUCCCAAGUUCUACGACAACUUCAUUGGGAAGCCGGUGAUUCUGACUCGAGCUGAGGCGGUUCCUAACCCCAGGCUCAUCUAG